ACCGCCUUAACAGCAAGGUGCUAAAGAUGCCUUCCAUCAGAGGCCAGGUUGGAAGCUCCAAAGAGACUUUCUCUCGCUGUUCUCUCACCCACCCCCAGGUUGUGUGUGUCCCGCUGUGGAUUCUCAUGUCCUUUCUGUGCCUGGUGGUCCUCUACUACAUCGUGUGGUCCGUCUUGUUCUUGCGCUCUGUGGAUGUGAUUGCGGAGCAGCGCAGGACACAUAUAGCCAUGGCCCUGAGCUGGAUGACCAUCAUCGUGCCCUUUCUUACAUUUGAGAUUCUGCUGGUGCACAAACUGGAUGGCCACAACGCCUUCUCCUGCAUCCCGAUCUUUGUGCCCCUUUGGCUCUCCUUGAUCACGCUGAUGGCAACCACAUUUGGACAGAAGGGAGGAAACCACUGGUGGUUUGGUAUCCGCAAAGAUUUCUGUCAGUUUCUGCUUGAAAUCUUCCCAUUUCUACGAGAAUAUGGAAACAUUUCCUAUGAGCUCCAUCACGAAGAUAAUGAAGAAACCGAGGAGACCCCAGUUCCGGAGCCUCCUAAAAUCGCACCCAUGUUUCGAAAGAAGGCCAGAGUGGUCAUUACCCAGAGUCCUGGGAAGUAUGUGCUCCCACCUCCCAAAUUAAAUAUCGAAAUGCCAGAUUAGAUGCCACUUCCGGGGACAGAGCUUAAGUGGACUGGGACACACUCUCUCCGCCUUCCUCUGCCUCCUCGUUCACCCCGCAGACCAGAACCAGAACUGG